CUAGGAAUCUUGCAUGCUUACCUAUAAAUUUACGAAACGAUGCAGAACCAGUCCAAGAUUUGUAUGUUAGGUCUCACGAAGAGCUGGAUUUAGAGAGGCUUUGUGUAUUAAGUGUUUGAUGCCAUCCUCGUUGUGGAGAAAAAGGAACAUCUUGGAAUGUCAUCCACAAUCGAGAGGAAGAGCUUGGAAGCUACCGACGAGCCGGUUGACGAAGUACUCCAGAUACCCCCCUCCUUGCUGACGUGCGGCGGAUGCCAGCAGAGCAUCAGCGACCGCUUCUUCCUGAAGGCCAUCGAGCAGUACUGGCACGAAGACUGCCUGAGCUGCGACCUGUGCGGCUGCCGGCUGGGGGAGGUGGGCCGCAGGCUCUACUACAAACUGGGCAGGAAGCUGUGCCGCAGGGACUACCUCAGGCUCUUUGGUCAGGACGGGCUGUGUGCAUCAUGUGAGAAGCGGAUUCGGGCCUUUGAGAUGACGAUGCGCGUGCGGGACAAGGUGUACCAUCUGGAGUGCUUCAAGUGUGCGGCCUGCCAGAAGCACUUCUGUGUAGGGGACCGCUACCUGCUCAUCAACUCAGACAUUGUGUGUGAACAGGACAUCUUUGAGUGGACCAAAAUGAGCAACAUGGCAUAGGCUAGCUCUGGAUCCUCUGCUCCUUCCCCCUAUGGAUGUCCAAUGGAGGGCUGUUCUGGGACAGUGGAUGGUUUACUUUUACAUCUCUGGAUUACUAUUUUCUAUGAGGAUUUGUUUUAUAAAGCCAUAGC